CAGGUCAGUUUUAUCAUUACGUUAAUUCCCCAAUUUGAAAAUCACGGUAUUCCUUCACCGAAUUCCCUUGGAUUCCGCUUCAAGUUGUUCUUGAAAAUUUAAUCGAGAAGAGAGGGUGGGAAGAAAGGAGAAAGAAAAGUAUUGUUGAAGAAAGUCAAAAUCAAUCCACGAAGGUCAUAGAGAAAGAGAGAAAGAGUGAUCUCGUCGGUUCAAUAGAUCUCUUUCUCUCUUUGUUUUUCGUUUGAGAUUUCUAUUUCUUCCUCUUAUUUGAAUCGUUAUGGGUAUAUGGGAAGUUUUUCUGAAUUGGCUGCGAAGCCUAUUUUUCAAGCAAGAAAUGGAGCUUUCUCUAAUUGGGCUCCAAAACGCUGGAAAAACUUCACUCGUUAAUGUUGUAGCUACUGGUGGAUACAGCGAGGACAUGAUCCCUACAGUGGGAUUUAAUAUGAGAAAGGUAACAAAAGGGAAUGUGACAAUAAAGCUGUGGGAUCUUGGAGGUCAACCUAGAUUUCGCAGUAUGUGGGAGAGAUAUUGUCGAGCAGUUUCUGCCAUUGUUUAUGUUGUUGAUGCUGCAGAUCAUGAUAAUUUAAGCAUCUCAAAGGGUGAACUCCAUGCUCUUUUGAGUAAACCUGCUUUGAGUGGCAUUCCUUUGCUUGUUUUGGGCAACAAAAUUGACAAGACUAGUGCUCUUUCUAAACAAGCUUUGACUGAUCAAAUGGACUUGAAAAGUAUAGGUGAUAGAGAAGUAUGUUGCUUUAUGAUCUCAUGCAAGAACUCAACAAACAUCGAUCAAGUUAUUGAUUGGCUUGUGAAGCAUUCAAAAUCAAAAACUUAAACUCAAUUAGAAAGAUUUUGAGGAUCACCAUUUUUUGUGCUUGUUUUUGGGUUGAGUUUGCCAAACUUUAAUGUGGAAUAGAGGAAUAUUUGAGUGAAUUAUGUCAUGCUUUUGUUAGAGGUGUG